AUGCACAUUUCCCAGAAACUAUUCAAUGGCUUCAAGCGACGUUGUUACGCUUCUUCUCCUGGUCUUGCCCUAGCUGAUUCAUUUCAUCUCAAUCCAAACAUUCCUCUAUGUUCAAGAAACCUCAACCUACCUCUCAAUGUCUAUCCAGGAACUGCCACUGAAUGCAGAGAUGUGAUUUGGCAGGGUAAACCGGAACAGCGGACUCCGACGGAUUAUUAUGGGCCUAAUAUGCCUGAACUUAACUCACAAAUUAAGCAACUGAUGAAACUUGGAAAACUUUGUGAAGCUAGGGAUAUGUUUGAUACAAUGGCUCACCGAGAUGAGAUUUCAUGGACAAAUUUAAUAGCAGGUUAUGUCAAUGCCGCGGACUCGAAUAAAGCAUUGAUCUUAUUCUCAAAUAUGUGGGUCAACUCUGAACUUCAAAAGGACCAAUUUGUGGUUAGUGUUGCCCUCAAGGCUUGUGCACUUGGCAGAAAUGUAUAUUUUGGAGAAUUAUUGCAUGGGUUUUCAGUGAAAUCCAGUUUGAUAAACUCAGUUUUUGUCAGCAGUGCCCUUGUAGACAUGUACAUGAAAGUAGGAAAAACAGAACAAGGUUGUAGUGUCUUCGAAAAAAUGACAACAAGAAAUGUAGUAUCAUGGACUGCCGUUAUUGUGGGGCUUGUACAUGCUGGUUACAGUUUAGAGGGAUUAUUGUACUUUUCUGAAAUGUGGAGAUCAAAAGUAGGCUAUGAUUCACAUACAUUUGCCAUUGCUUUAAAGGCAUCCGCGGAUUCAGGUUUGUUACAUUAUGGGAAAGCCAUCCACACACAAACAAUAAAACAAGGGUUCAGCGAAACUGCGUUUGUUAUUAAUACUCUUGGUACCAUGUAUAGUAAAUGUGGGAAACUAGACUAUGUCAUGCGAUUAUUUGGAAAAACGUGGAAGCCAGAUGUAGUUACAUGGACGAACCUUAUCACGACUUAUGUACAAAUGGGUGAAGAAAAACAUGCAUUGGACGCAUUUAAAAGAAUGAGAAAAUCUAAUGUCGGUCCCAAUGAGUACACUUUUGCAUCUGUAAUUUCUGCUUGUGCGAAUCUCGCUAUUACUGAAUGGGGGGAACAAAUUCAUGGCCAUGUAUUGCGUUUAGGUAUUGUAGAUGCCUUGUCGGUGGCAAAUUCUAUUAUCACUUUUUAUUCAAAAUGCGGGCUGUUACAGGAAGCUUCAUUGGUAUUUCAUGGUAUGACUAGAAAAGAUAUUAUUUCUUGGAGCACUAUAGUUUCUAUUUAUUCUCAAGGAAACCACGCAAAAGAAGCUUUCAACUAUCUAUCAUGGAUGAGAACUGAAGGGCCGAAACCAAACGAGUUUGCUCUUGCUAGUGUUCUGAGUGUUUGUGGAAGCAUGGCACUUCUUGAACCAGGUAAGCAGGUGCAUGCUCAUGCCCUGUGCAUUGGCCUGGAUCACGAAGCAAUGGUUCAUAGUGCUCUUAUUAGUAUGUAUUCAAGGAGUGGAAAUCUACAAGAUGCUUCAAAAGUCUUUGAUGGUAUAAACAAUAAUGACAUUGUGUCAUGGACUGCGAUGAUCAAUGGGUAUGCCGAACAUGGUUACAGCCAAGAGGCUAUUAGCUUGUUUGAGAAUAUUUCCGGUGUUGGUUUAAUGCCAGACUAUGUGACGUUUAUUGGGGUUUUGACUGCUUGUAACCAUGCUGGAUUGGUGGAUCUUGGUUUCUACUACUUUAAGUUAAUGACUAAUGAGUAUCGGAUCGCUCCUUCAAAGGAGCACUACGGUUGCAUGAUUGAUCUUCUAUGCAGAGCAGGGCGGUUGAGUGAAGCUGAGCGUAUGAUACGAAACAUGCCAUUCCUUUGUGAUGACAUUGUGUGGUCUACCUUACUCCGAGCGUGUAGGGAUCAUGGGGAUGUUGACCGAGGAAGAUGGGCAGCAGAACAAAUACUUCGCUUGGAUCCAAAUUCUGCUGGAACUCACAUCACUAUGGCUAACAUAUAUGCUGCCAGUGGAAGAUGGAAGGAAGUGGCACAUUUAAGAAAGUUAAUGAAGUCAAAGGGAGUCAUAAAGGAACCAGGAUGGUCUUGGAUUAAUGUCAAUGAUGAAUUCAAUACAUUUGUUGCUGGGGUUCAAUCUCAUCCCCUAAGUGAACAUAUAAUAACCAUUAUGGAAUUACUCAGCACGAGUAUAGAAGAUGCAAGGCUGGAUUUUGGCUCUAUUGUAGAAGAUGUCAAAUAUUAG